AGCCAUUUUGGCUCGAGCGCCCAGGGCAGCGAGGCCGGCCCGUGCUGCAGCCAUGGCCGUGCUCCCGGCCGCCCUCCUCGCCACCCUCGCGGCGGGGACGGCCGCCUUCGCCCCUGCCGGCAGCCUCCGCGGCCAGCCGCAGCGGCGGCCGGCCACUGGGCAGGAGCAGCAGCAGGCCUCCGCGGGCGCCGCCGCGCCGCUCGCCGCCGUCGGCGUCGCCGCCGUGCUUGCCGCGGGCGCGCGCUGCCGCGGGGCCGCCAGGAGGGCCGGGGCGGCGGCGCGGGGGGCCGCCGUCACGACGACGGACCGGUGCCGAGGAGACCCGAAGGCCGAGGGCGCGGAGGGCUCGCUGUGGAAGGCAGCGCCCACGCGCGUGAGCGACGGCGUCGGAGCGGAGGGCGGCUCAUCAUGGGCGUCGUACUCCUCUGGGCAGGUCGGCGUCUGCUUCCCCAUCACCGACAAGUGGGACCCCCUCAACCUCAGCAGCACCGACAUGAAGAUGGAGCGCUAUACCCAGGUGGAGAUCAAGCACGGCCGCGUCGCCAUGAUCGCGUGCAUCGGGUACGUCAUGCCAGAGAUCUUCCGCUUCCCCGGCUGCGAGGACUUCGAGCACGGCCUGGCCGCCCUGACCAGUAUCCCGUUCGAGGGCUGGCUGCAGCUCGUGGCCCUGAUCGGCGCGCACGAGCUGCUCCUGAGGCCGGGCACGCGCGCGGGUGCGGUCAACGGCGCGGACUACGGCUUCGGCACGGAGGUUUUCGACGGGAACCCCGAGUUUGAGAAGGCGCGUCGCCAAACGGCGGAGCGCAACAAUGGCCGCCUGGCGAUGAUCGCCAUCAUGGGCCUCAUGAUCCAGGACUACACCUUCGGGGUGACCCCGCUCCAGCUGAUCAACAAGGGCGGUUUCUACGGCCCCCCGGUCGACUUCAUCAUCAAGGACAUCGGCAUGUGCAGCGGCUACACCUACUGUGCCACCAAGGAGCGUACGGCGCGCACCAUCAUGCGAUCCGGCUACUCCGAGUGCUACAAGCCGUUCCAGAACGGCCGCUACCCGCCAGCGCCCGGUCAGGAGUGGGACGACGAUUGGGGCUUCCCGGACCCCGACAAGGAGCUCGAGAUGUCCCCCUCCAUGCCGUUCCUCACCAUGCCCAAGCAUCUCAAGGGCUGGGUCGGCGGCGAGAAAGGCUUCGACCCGCUGGGCGUCACGGAUGCUCUUCCAGUGUACUGGGUACGCGAGGCUGAGCUGAAGCACGGCCGCGUCUGCAUGCUGGCCACCCUCGGUUGGAUGGCCACCGACCUGGGUGCUCGCUUUCCGGGCGACAUGUACCAGGUGUCGACCAUCGAGGCGCACAACAAGUUGGUCGAUGAGGGCCAGAUGCAGCCCUUUCUGGGGGCCAUCUUUAUCGCGGAGCUCUACAGCCUCUACCUGAUCGUGGAGGGCUGGGGAGGUGAGAUCGACCGCUCCGCCGGCGACUACUUUCUCGGUAAGAACUUCCUGCCCAAGGACGUGGAAGGCGAGAAGAACAUGAAGCUGAAGGAGCUGGAGAACGGCCGUCUGGCCAUGCUGGCCUUCGGAGGCAUCGCAACCGUCUCGGUGCUGACCGGCAAGACUUGGCCUUUCUUCGAUUAGGUCGCGUCGGAGACACGUGCUCGGAGCCUCGGAGCCCAGGGAUGCACUUGAGGGCGCAUGGCGCGACUGAUGGUGCUGGGCGGGCGCGCGCGCGCGCGCCAGGCGUGCCUGGCGCCACCUUCGCUCUUCCUCUUCAUCCUGGCCUACGAUAGGCACAGACAUCGGCCUCCCAGCAGGUGCCCUACGGUAGUGUCUCUUCCCCCGGUUGGCCCCAGGGACCUACGGAAGCUCUGGGGCACCGUCGGACGCUUCAAAGAUCGACGAAGAAUGUGCCCCGAGACUUCUUGUAGUAACAUUUCAUGUCGCAUGAUUUUGCUGCAGAUGACGCUGCGCUCCCA